UAAAACUACCGGUAUGUAACCCACCAGAACCCUGAUUCUGCAAGUUGACAGCUCAUUAUCUUUUCUAUGAAAGUUCAUGAACGCAUUUUAGUCAUUCUAUGAAAUGACUUGUGUGGAGAUCCGUAGUGCAGCAGCUUUGAUGAGUUUGCUUGGUUAAUCGCCAUAAUUGACUCCCCCCACCCACUUGUGGGCGUAGUUCUCAGGUAAUUUGCCAAUGACGAGCCUCACCUGCCUUGAAUCUGUUCUAGACUUCUGACAAGCGGUCUGAGAGUUUCAGCGUUAUGUGAGGUUAUUGUUUUGUGGACAGGAUGCCGCGUGUGCAGCUUUUUUACUCAGAAUUCUUCUACAGUCCUCUGACAGAAGAUGUGGAGGAACUACUGGCUCGUUUCCAGCAGACUGACUCAGUCAGGUAUGAGGAUUUUUCAGCCAUUUGGAGGGAGAUGGGCCUCUCGGAUGUGUUCGUAGGUAUUACUCGUGUGGGUGAACUGAGGAGAUUCUGCAGAAUAACGCUGGCCACAGCCCUGAAGUACUUUCUGCCUCCAUACAGCUACCAGAUUCGAGUAGGAGGCUUGUAUUUGCUGUUUGGUUUUUACCACACGCAACUUGCCAGCCCACCUGUGAACAUUAGACUCGCUCUGAGGGACUGGGCUCAAGUUCAGAAGUUUUUCGAGGAUUCUGUAGAUGCUGGGCAUCAGGAUGUCGUUUACAUAUAUAAAAAGCUUGUUGCAGCCAAAGCCAUACAUUACACCGCCAUGCCACAUUUUCUCACCUUCCAAAAGCAGAGGAAACCAAAGAGGGAACCUGUGUGUGCAGAGUUUCUUGGGAGGACGACAGCUGUCCAGGAGCUCAUCUCUGGAGACAUCCUGGAGGAGUUGACCAACAUCCAGAGCCACUAUGAGAAGCUGAAGGAGGCCACGGUGGAGGUCAGCUGCCAGGUCACCAUGACCCAUCAAGACUUGGCCGCCCGCCUGAAAGACUGCAUGUCUGAGUUCAUCACUUGGCAGCAGAAGACUUUCUCACAGGAUAACAAAGACAAUAACUCUGGUGAUGAUGAGGAGAAGCCAGCUGAGGCUGAGUCCAGCAGCAGCAGGGCCAGGCUCCUGUCCUCCAUCAAGCAGAAGAGCUACAGCAACUUCCAGAAGGCGCCCAAGUCCAGGAGGCACCGUCAGGCCGAGGCAGUGGAGUCCUCCAGCUCGGGGGCAGAGCAGGUCCAGGAGGCAGCUCUGCAGCGAACGAGGCCUCCCUCACUGCGGGCUCGGACCUGGAAGAGUCUCGGGGUGAUGCAGGAGGAGAGCAAGCUCCAGGCCUGGCUCCUGAGUGCUCCUGAGCAGCAGGAGAAGGUGCCGGUGAAGAGGACCAACCAGGUACCACCUUUCAGACCAUGAUGGGAGGGGAGGAAGGGGGACUUUCAGCUCCACAAAAAAGAUCUGCCCUUUGUUUUUGUUCUUCCAGGUUGAACCAAGUUCACUUCAUUUGGAAAAUGACCAGGUGGAUUUGAGUUGAUUUUUCAUGCAUAAUGCAUGUGUUCAGUUACUGUAAAAAUAUAAUUUAACUGGAAUCCUUUUAAUUUAUUAAUAAAUGUAUUUCAAAUG